AUGGCGGACGUCAAGCCCGAGGACAAGCCUGUGGAUGAUCACAGCGCCGAGAACAACAGCGUCGCCGACGAUGAGAACAACCACGAUGAGGAGGAGGAAAUCUCGGCAAUGAAGCGACGUGUCGCCGAGAUGGAAGAGGAGGCGGCCAAGCUGCGCGAGAUGCAAGCGAGCCUGAACCAGCAGGCCCAAGACCUCAACACCGACGACAAGCAAGACGUCGACAGCCGCAGCAUCUUCGUCGGCAACGUUGACUACUCCGCCUCCCCCGAGGAGAUUCAGGCGCACUUCCAGAGCUGCGGCUCCAUCAACCGCGUUACCAUCUUGCUGGACAAGUUCACCGGACAACCCAAGGGGUACGCCUACGUCGAGUUUACCGAGCCCAGCCUUGUUGCCCAGGCCCUCGUUCUGAACGAGAGCAUCUUCAAGGGUCGCAACAUCAAGGUUGUUCCCAAGCGGACCAACGUCCCUGGUAUGUCCAGAGGCCGCGGUCGCGGUGGAUUCCGUGGAGGUCGCGGCGGCUUCGGCGGCCGUGGUGGUGGAUUCCCUCCCCGCGGUGGUGGCUAUCGGGGAGGUUACCGUGGCCGAGGAAGAGGCGGAUACUCCCCGUACUAG